GUUGUUGGAUAAUAGUAUACACCUUUUGCACCGUGUAGAUCCUAUAGCUAGAUCUCUUGCCUAUUCUUAUGAUCAAUACAAUCUUGUUGGAUAAUAGUAUUGUGGUUGUGACAGUUUCCUUGUAGUUUGCUUGAAUUUGUGCAAUCUUUUUGGAUUCUUUGCAGUUAUUCAUAUAUCUCGGGGGAGGGGACCUAUUAAUAGGCUAUGAUGAUGGUUAUAGUGCUGGUAGGUCACUAGUGUAUUAGGGGACCCAUCGAUAUGGCGGGGUAAUCCUCAUUCAGAUGACCAUAUUGCAGUUUGUGGUACUUUCCACAAAAGGCAAUUGGGGUUCGAGUGGGGUUUUGCAGCCAUUCGAUGUUCGCCACCUUACUUACGCAUGCUGAGCAUAUUUACACCAUUCUGAGCCCUUUGUCAUAUUAAAUUAUGUUAUAUUAAUAAUGUGGAGCUGGAUGGGGAUGCUCUUAUAUAAAUUUCCAUGAUCUGCAUGCUGAUGAUGUUGGUGUUUUGUAUUAUGUUCUGAUAACUGAAUAAAUGUAUAAACUCAACCCCCUCGGCUGUGAUGAUGACAACCGCAUGUAGGGAUACAUCAUAUAGAUUGCCAUCUCCUCAGUGGCUAGGUAACCCGGACGGCAUCCAAGUAGUGGCAACCGGUUGUUGCAGCCAUGAGUGGGUGGCAAUCUUAUCUUUUGUAACCCAUUCGGUUCCUGAGCCUUGAUCAAAAACCAAACAUUGUGGUGAUAUCUUUUCUAAUCUCUAUAUAUUUUUUUAGAGAUGGAUUCACAAGACUUGACUAGUAUGUACUUCACGAACCUCCUUAGUCAAGAUCCUCAAAUCGACCCCACUUACGGUGGGCAAAGUGGAAGUUCUCCGUUAACCCUGCAUGACUCUCCAACCCAACCCCCUAACGAGCCCAUCGGUGUUAGGAAAUCAGUGAGGGGUGCGAAUUUCACCCCCGAAGAAGACAAAUUACUUGUCUCCGCUUGGCUAAAUUGUAGCCUUGAUGCCGUUCAGGGAACAGAUCAAAAACACUCCCAACUCUGGGAAAAAAUUUUUGAGUACUUCCAGCAAUUUAAAGAAACCACAACUGAGCGGACAAUAAAAUCUCUAAUUCAUCGGUGGUCGGUUAUCCAAAAGGCCACGAACAAAUUUUGUGCGAAACUAGCCCAAGUUGAAGGGUUAAAUCAGAGUGGCAUGACCGACCAAGACAAGUUCGACAAGGCCAAGGUUAUGUACCAAGCGCUAGAGAAAUGCUCUUUCCAAUUUGAGCAUUGCUGGCACCUGUUGAAGGACCAACCUAAGUGGAUUUGGCGCACCACAAAGGAGGAUCCAAAACGAAGGAAGACGAUGUCCCCAUCCCCGACCCCAACUCGAUGUUCUGGCGCUACAAUUGAUUCAGCUUUUGAUAUGGAGGCGGAUGAAGUCAUGGAAAAUGAAGUUAUCGAGCUGGACCGACCAAUUGGGAGGAAAGCUGAGAAAGGAAAACGAAAGGCCCAAAGCAAGCAAGCAGAGGAAAAUUUCCAACUCAGGAAGAUGAAGUAUACUCUUUUGGAGGAGUCACGCGCUCAGGAGAAAGAGUUUUAUCGAAUGAAGGCCGAGAAGAUGGAGUAUGACAAGGAAAAAGAGGAAAAAAAAUUACGCCUUGAGGAUGAACGACUGAGGUUGGAGGCCGAGAAGAUGGUAAUUGAGAGGGAAAAGGAGCUCGCCAAAAUUCGUCAUGAGGACGAAAGGUUAAGGUUGGAGGCGCAGAAAGUGGAGCUAGCCACGAAAGAAAGUGAUCAGCGCAUUAUGAUGAUGGACGUGAGUGGCAUGCCUGAACUGCAGCGGUUAUACUUCCAGCAACUCCAGAGGGAAAUCAUGGCGAGACGCAGUACUUCUCAAGAUUGAACUUCUUGUUUUUUAAUAUUACCAAAUUCAGUUGGCCAUCUUAUUUUUUGUUCUGAACAAUGAUAAAUGUAUAAAAAACAUGUGAUUGUAUUUUUUAACAUUAGUAUUGUAGCUUCAAUAUGCUUGUGCAAGUAAUAUGUUAUAAUAAUUUUUAU